UUGGGACAGUCCCGCAGAAGGCUCCAGCUGCACCAUUUAUAUUUCUGCACCGAACAUGAGGCUGUGGCGCCCACCACCACAUCAAAUAGAUCAGUAUCGAGUGGGACCGGGAUUAGUGAGGAGGCCUAUAUGUCCCGCAGACAGCAAAUCUGAAAGGAACAUACAAAGAGAGGAGAAAAAUCGCCUUUCUGCUAUUUCUGCAUCAUUGUUCUUACCGAGAUCGCAACAAGGGGGAGAGAGAAGGAGGGAGUACCCGCCUGCCUGCCUGUCUGCCUGUGCGUGCAUGGAGCUGCAACUGUGCCUUUUGUCCACUAUAUCUCAUUUGCUUUGCUAAAGAGCUGCUUUUUUUUUAAUUAAACCGCAGCUGAAGACAAAGCCCUCCACUGGAUGAGCAGGAGCGCGGGGGACGGACGCUGCCCUCGGUGCACGGGGCAGGUGUAUUCGGCCAAGCGGAGGCGCACGCAGGGCGCAGAGAAGCAGGAGCGACGCACAACACAGCAGCCUGCAGACCUCAACACCUGCUGCAAAGGAAAAAGCCUUCAUCCUCAGAUUUGCUGCUUCUUAACGCUUUUAUUCCCUUGUAAACAAUUACUGGAUUCUUCCCCCUGCAACUUAUAACCGAAGUGAUGGACGCACACCUCGUUUGGAAAACAGUUUUACGCACAAAAGCGCACAGUCGGCUUCACUGAAAUCAAUCUUAUUCUCAUCAUUAAGGACAUAGGGGCUUUUGCGAGGAUGCCCGGGGCACUUCUCUCAGCGCAGUCGCUCUACAUCGGGAUGGAGGUGGUGAUCGCGGUCGCGUCUGUGAUCGGGAACGUGAUGGUGGUCUGGGCGGUGAAAAUUAACAAGUCGCUGCGAGAUAACACGUUUUGCUUCAUCGUCUCUCUGGCUCUGGCGGAUAUUGCGGUGGGCGCCCUCGUCAUCCCCCUGGCCAUCACCAUCAGCAUCGGACUUCAGACUCACUUUUACAGCUGCCUGCUCGUGGCGUGCACGGUGCUGGUGCUGACGCAAAGUUCAAUCCUCGCCCUCCUGGCCAUUGCAAUUGACCGCUAUCUCAGGGUCAAGAUCCCGACCAGGUACAAGCAGGUGGUGACCCCUCGGCGAGCGGGGCUGGCAGUGGUGGUGUGCUGGACGGUGGCUUUCAUCGUGGGCCUCACACCCAUGUUGGGCUGGAACAACCUGAGGCGCCUCCAGCAGGACGGCUUGAACAGCUCCAACCUCAUUAUCACCUGCCAGUUUGAAAAUGUCAUCAGCAUGGACUACAUGGUGUAUUUUAACUUCUUCAGCUGGGUGCUGCCGCCCCUGCUCCUCAUGCUGGUUAUCUAUGCAGAGAUCUUCUACAUGAUCCACAAGCAACUGAACAGUAAGAAGUUCACCACCAGCCACACCGACCCCAACAAAUACUACAACAAGGAGCUGAAUCUUGCUAAAUCCCUGGCUCUGGUCCUCUUUCUCUUUGCUGUCAGCUGGCUCCCCCUCCACAUCAUCAAUUGCAUCACACUCUUCUGCCCUGACUGCAAGAAGCCCAUGGUCUUCAUCUACAUCGCCAUCCUGCUCACCCACGGCAACUCCGCUGUCAACCCAAUCAUCUACGCUUUUCGCAUCAAGAAGUUCCGCACAGCCUUCCGGAAAAUCUGGUAUCAGUACUUCUGCUGCAAGGACACGCCAGCUCUGGAGAUUCAGCCCAGCGACAGGAAGGAGAUGCCCAAUCCAGAGCCACUGCAGGCCCUGUCACCGCAGAAGGAAGUCCCUAAGUCUGAUCCACCACAACAGCUGCAGUCUCCACCUGAGCAGCAGGAGCAGCAGCAGAACCAGAGGCCCGAACCACUGCAGCAGCCCAAAGAGCAUCCACCCUCACUGGAGCAGAACACAGUCUAAGCCAAGGGAUGGAACUGAUUACUGGGCUGAAAAAGUAAUGAUCAGUACACAUGCAUUGGCUCGCUCCUCACCUGAAUGUAGUGAGGAGUCUGAAGCGCUGCGAUGAAGUGACUGAAAGGACUUGGAUAAUAAAUACAGGAAGGUCAUUUAUCUUUAUCUCAGGAGGAGAGGAUUUACUGAGGGUUUGGUGAGAAAAGAAAAACAAGGCAAAAAGGGUAUUUAUAAACCUUCGCAAUAAUGGAAGCUGUAUUGACAGUGACAGCGUCUAUCUUAGUAACGGACUGAAGAUAUUAAGCUUUAACAGUUUGGUUCCUUUUGGUGAAACAACUUGGUGUGAACAUUACAAAAACGUGCAAUGUAAGUUAUUGUGGUUGCUCAGUAUCAGAUUAUCCAAACUUGCUGUAGAAUGAACAUUCAUGAGUUCAGUGUGGAGCAGGAUCAUCUUACUACUGUAAUACUGUGUGUGUGUUUCAACUGACAGUGGCUGAAGAACAUGAAUGUAAUAAUAAUGUAAAUAGGAGACUGUGGCAGCACAGCUGUGAAUGCUCAUCACUUCUUCAGGGUCUUAAUAGCACAACAGUGGCAGAGCAAGUAGCACUAUGGGGAUAUAUUUCUCUGCAGCGAGGCCGUGUGCAUGUCUUUUCCUCCCAUAACUCUUCCCCACUGGAGCGGAGACCUUCAGUCACCCAACAGCAAGGAUCCAUUAAAACGGAGGUGGCCAGGGAUAAGAAACAAACAGCUGGAGGGAAUGGGAGGUUCUAACCUUUUAGAAGCUGCGUGCAGGAAACUCGUGUCUGCAAGACGAAAGCAAGUCACAGGGGAGAGAGACAAGAUGCACUUAAAGCCCCUGUUUAUCCAGCCUCCUUGCCAGCUGGUGCUAUGAGCGGGCUUUUUGUUUCUUGUGUUUUUUCUGCUCCCCCCACGUGGACUGAUAAUAACCUUAUCACAACUGACCACUAGAGACAGUGGCUUCCAUUGCCUUAUUCAGUAUUUCAAUUAGAUGGACUGGACUAGAAAGGACAACCUGAAGAUUGUGAGUAUCUUUACCACUCUACAAGCUCAACUUUUCUUGCAUACAGCCAAACUGGAGUGUGUAGAGAUUAAACUAUGGUCAGUGUCGCUGACAUGAAAAGAAAAGACUGUGUAAGAAUGUAAAGUCAUUUCGUUGUGUCUCUUGUGAAGCCUCCGAGCUCUGGUUUCACUGAUGUUCUCCUAAGUGGGUGACAAUCUCUUAUGUAAGACAUUUUCUCUCGCUGUCUUGACAAACAUCUUUCUGUCAGGGACGAGCAGGGAACAUUUUGACGACCGACGUGACAGUGUCAACUGAAACCUUAAUUCAAUCCGCACCACCUGUCUACAAAUCAUACAGGCCAGGUAGACUGUACAUAUCACAGAUGUGAGGAAAACAGUGGAUGAAUAAAUGUAUGAUAAUCAUGUGCUUUCUAUAACUAAUUCUUUUUCUAAGUAUCCUUUACAAUGUUGAUCCCCAUAGGACAGUGGAAAAUACAAAUUUGUUUCACUGUUUUAUGUUUUUUCUGAGCUUGAUGAAUGACUUGUGGUGCAAACGUGAGGACUGAGCACACAAUCCAAACCUGUCUGCCAGGAAUCUUGUUUAUAUGCAGCUAAUUUGCAACAGCAAAUAUGUGCAAGAAAUGUAAUCCAUGCAUCCAUCAUCUUUACCACUUAUCCUUUGGGGGUCUCGUGGGGAGCUAGAGCCAAUCACAGCUAACAUUGGGCGAGAGGCGGGGUACACCCUGGACAGCUAAGAAACGUAAUGCUGAUUACUUCUGCCAAAGAGGUUAUGUUUUCACCCCUGUCUCUAGGUUGAUUUGUUUGAUUGUAAGCAAGAUUACAUACAAUUUUUGUGUGGACUUUUUUUUAAGAUUGCGACAUAGGGCUUCUUUCAACAUUUUCACCAUUUCGCAGGGAAAUGAUACAUGGAUCUUGAUGUAACAUAUCAGGCACAUUGUGGGGACUGAUAUCAAUGAGUGUGUGGAAGUUGGUGAGGCUCAGUUGAAUUUAAGAGGACUGCUGGGCCUUGGUGGAGGUGUCCACUCUACUGAAUAACAUUCUUGUUGGAUUAUGUUUUCAAUAACAUCCUGGUUUCAAAAUGUUGUCAUUUGGUCCGGUAAAAAUGUAGAUACAGAAUGUCAAGUUAUUUGUUGAUGUCAAGUAUUUCUUUGCCAAUCUUGCACUGUAACUGCUCGCAGUGACUACAACUUUAUGAAACUUUGUAUGGUUUAAGGCACAACACAGUCUUGUUUAACACAGAAAAAGUCUCAGCUGAUUUUCAGCAUCAGACAUGUAUUUAUUACAAUUUAACAAAAAUGUCCCUCACCUGACACUGUUGUGAUAUACACAACUUCUGGAAGACACAUUCUGAGUGCACUAAUUUCAUAAGAACAACUACUUGUUAUUCUUUAUGUUAACAGUUGGUCUCACUAAAGGGGUCGAUUGAAGUGAUGUAUCUGCAUUGCUUUGGUUUGUUGCUUUAUUUGACAUUAAAUGUAGAGACAGACAGACAGACAGACGGUUCUACACAAGUGGAUGUGUAGAAGUUGCGUUUACGUGGUAAACCUUAAACAUUUGCCAAUGGUGCAUGUUGCAGUCUAGGUGUAUUGUUUCUGGCUGGUGAUGAAAUUUGAGCCUCUUGCAAAUGAAGAGCCAGACAAUGAAAACAUUUGACUUGUAUUCAUCAGGUGCCCAAGAUUAUGCCUCCGAAAUGAGUACUGAUGUUUCUGUGACUGUUUGGAAACAGUUUUGCCAUACUAACUUAAAAGGUGAUAUCAUGUCACAGGUGAAUAAACGAGAAAUUAAA